AUGAUGGCGAUGUUUCGGAGCUUUGUCUCGGGGAGCAGCCAGCUCCGCCAGCUGCAGCCCAGCGGCGGCUCGGGCCCGCUGGCAGCCCCGGCGGAGGCCGUCGAGAACCAGUUCUCCUGUCCCAUCUGCUUAGAGGUCUUCUACAAACCAGUCAGCAUCAGCAGCUGCGGACACACGUUCUGUGGAGAGUGUCUGCAACCAUGUCUUCAGGUGACCUCCCCCCUGUGCCCACUUUGUCGAGUGCCCUUUGACCCCAAAAAGGUGGAGCGCUCCUCCAAUGUGGAGAAACAACUGGCCUCGUACAAAGCCCCUUGCAGGGGCUGUAGCAAAAAGGUGUCUCUGGUAAAGAUGAGGUCCCACAUUUCCUCCUGUUCUAAAGUCCAUGAACAGAUAGCCAACUGUCCCAAGUUUGUUCCUGUAGUACCCACCUCCCAAUCCAUACCAAGCAAUAUUCCAAACCGGUCAACGUUUGUGUGUCCCUUCUGCGGGGCCAGAAAUUUGGACCAACAAGAACUGGUGAAGCACUGUAUGGAGAACCAUCGUAACGAUCCGAACAAGGUGGUAUGCCCUGUGUGUUCAGCAAUGCCAUGGGGUGAUCCCACCUAUAAAAGCUCCAACUUUCUUCAGCAUCUUCUUCACAGGCACAAGUUCUCAUAUGAUACCUUUGUUGACUACAGCAUUGAUGAAGAAGCAGCACUUCAGGCAGCUUUGGCACUGUCACUGGCUGAAAACUAACAAAAGUCACAACAUUUUUUACUACACUGCUGUUCUUCCAUGGGUGACAAGCUAUUGUCCACUGUACUGGUGAACCUGAUCCACCAAAUCUCAGACACUAUUCCAGUGUAUUCUCACUUGUUUCUCCUGGUGUAGCAGUUCAUAAACUUUGAUGUAUUACAAAACAAAAGCAGUUUGAAUACAUCUUCAUGAAUUCAAGUGGAUAUGAUAACUUGGGAACAAGCUGAUGUUUGGGUCAGGAACAGAUCCAAGAUGAGCUCCAAAGACACUGGUCACAUGUUGACUUUGCAGUCUGUCUACAGUUUGGAAACAUUUCAUCUCAGCACAGCUUCAGUUCACCUGACGGCUCCCAUUUGGACCGCCACAGCAUGAAGAGCUACCUCCCUUGAAAAUGUCUUGUCUAAUAGUUUGAUGAAACAUGCUGCUGAUUUCACAUCCUCAUCAGUUGUUCAGGCCUCUGUUCACCAGUAAGGUCCCAUGAAGUCCUGACCGCUGGUACUCACUGUGAGUUAUCGGACUGAUACCAUCACAGACUUCAGUUUUUCCCUGCAGCAACAAAGACGGACCAUCUACUAAGCUGGUCAGCAAGCCCUUUCUGCUCAAAUAGCAUCUGCACAAACAUAUUUUCUACGUACUAGGGGUGUAACAGUAAUACAGUUGAAAACAGAUGUUGACAUACACUGUAUAACAAUACAUUAUUAUUGUUGUUUACAUUUUUUUUACAUUACAUCAGACUAUACCUUACCUGUUUUAGGCCUUAUAAAUAAUUUCUGUUUGCAAAAUUCGCAAAUAAUCAAAGACAGGAAAUUCUUUAAGAUAAUAUGUUUAUUACGUUCCUCAAAAUUACAAGUUUUCAUACACCAAGAUACUAUGCCUUCAAUCAAAUUUAAAAAGCUCACAGGAUGAUGCCGUGUCUUUCAAAGCUUUUGAUAGAUUAGUUGACAUUUGAGGUACACCUCUGCAUCAUUUUAAGGCACACGUCAAGCACACUGCUUCUUUGUGUGACAUUAUGGGAAAAUAUUUAGAUGUCUGCCAAGACAUCAGGAAAAUAAUUGUUCACCUGCAUAACUCUGGUUCAUCCUUGGGCACAAUUUCCAGAUGCCUGGAGGUGCUACAUUCAUCUGUUCAAACUUAUAAAAGAACUGUGAACACUGUGGGAAUGUCCUGCCAUCAUACUGCUCAGGAAAGAGUUCUGUGUUUCUGAAAUUAAUGUAUUUGGGGGCAAACUGUGAGUCUCAACCACAAAACAAAAGCAAAAGACCAUGCAAAGGUUCUGACUAAACCUUGUAGAGAGAGUCAUUAUCCACAGGUUAACAAGUCCUGUACCCACAUGGACUGAAAGGCCACAUAGCAAGGAAGAAAACAUUACUCCAAAACUCAAAUUAUGUCUUGGGGAUGUUUCACAAAAUAUAUGGCAUGACGAGGAAAAAACAAUCUAUAUAACAUAAAUUUGGAAACCUCAAACAGUAAAGGGUUAGUCUGAUUUAAUGUCAGAGUGAGAAAAAUAGCAGUGAGUCUUUUUAUGCAGUUUAUGUAAAUAUCUGGUUUCAUCUGUAAAUCAUUGUUCUGCAAGUACCUUCAUGUUGGAAUCAUGGUUUGGUACCCCAAGAGCAAGUUACAAAUACCAAUUUUUAUUUUUUGAACUGGACAAUAACUUCCC